UGAAGUUCCUCUUUUAAGCUGAAAGUGGUGUUUCUGCUUAAUAAGUUCUGUGAGCUGUGGGGAGUUCGUAAAAGCUCAGAAGUCCCGACAUGGGUAUAGUGACCUAUGAUGAUGUGCAUGUGAACUUCAGUCAGGAAGAAUGGGCUUUGCUGGAUCCUUCUCAAAAGUGUCUCUAUGAAGAUGUGAUGCUGGAGACAUAUAGGAAUCUUACUGCAAUAGGCUACAUUUGGGAAGACGAUUAUAUUGAAGAACACCUUCAAAAUUCUAGAAGAUAUGAAAGGUAUGAAAGAAAUCAUACUGAAGAGCAGCCCUCUCAGUUUAUUCAGUGUGGGAAAGCCUUUGCAUUUCAGAGUCAUAACCAAAGACAUGAAAGAAUUUAUACUGGAGAGAAACCCUCUGAAGAUAUCCCACAUUUUGAAGCUUUUGCCUAUCUCAGUAAUCUCCAAAUACAUAAAGCAACAGUUGCUAGGGAGAACACCUAUGAGUGUAACCAAUGUGGUAGAAACUUUGUAUCUCACAGUUCUCUUGAAAGCCAUAAAAGGGUUCAUACAGGAAAGAAACCUUUUGAAUGUAAUCAUUGUGGUAAAGUCUUUGCAAAAAACAGUUAUCUCCUAAGACAUAAAAGAAUACAUACUGGAGAGAAACCCUUUGAAUGUAACCAGUGUGAUAAAGCCUUUAGACAAAAGAGUGAUCUUCAAAUACAUAGAAGAACACAUACUGGAGAGAAACCUUUCCAAUGUAACCAAUGUUGUAAAUCCUUUGCAACGAACAGUGGCCUUCAACUACACAGAAGAACACAUACUGGAGAGAAACCUUUCCAAUGUAUCCAAUGUGGUAAAGCCUUUGCAAGAAAAGGUCGUCUUCAACUACAUAGAAGAUCACAUACUGGAGAGAAACCUUUCGAAUGUAAGCAAUGUGGUAAAGCAUUUGCAACAAAUAGUUGUCUUCAAAAACAUAGAAGAACACAUACUGGAGAGAAACCUUUUGAAUGUAACCAAUGUGGUAAAGCCUUUGCACAAAACUGUCAGCUCCUAAAACAUAAAAGAAUACAUACUGGAGAGAAACCUUUUGAAUGUAACCAGUAUGAUAAAGCACAAAACAGUCAUCUUUAAAUACAUAGAAGAGCGCAUACUGGAGAGAAACUCUGAGUGUCAUCAAUAUGGCAAAGCCUUUCAAGUCGAUCUACUCUCAUACAUCAUAAAGGAACACAUAACACACAUAGGAGAGAAACCCCCUAGAAUGCAAUCAAUGUUGUAAGGCCUUUCUUGUCCUUGUUUGUAAUAACUGCAUAGUAUUCCAUUGUAUAAAUGAAACAUUUUCGUUACCCAUUCAUCUGUUGACGGACAUCUGGAUGGUUUCCAGUUUCUGGUCUGACAAAUAAAGCUCCUGUGAUCACAAUAAA